AAACUUUUUCUCCUUUUUUAAACCAUUUUCCAAAUUUAGCCACUGUUGAAAAACAGCUAAGGUUUAGAAGUGAAGCUUAUGAGAAAACGCAGCAAUAAUCAUGCAAGCAUGGCUUUAAAAAAAGCCUUCCUUUUCCUGCGUAUUAGAAGAAAUCCAGCAAACCCUAAACAUCAACAUCCAAAUCAUAUGCGUAUAAGACUGAAUGAAAUAUUUUUUCCCCUAAAAUCCAAAAGGAAUUUGCAUCCUUAAAUAGUACUUGGCCGGUAAUUAUAGUAACUCAAAGCCUUUAAGUGGUCUGUAAUACCACAUCAGAUGUUUUCUAUACUCCUGACUAUCAAGGUCAUUGAUUCUGCAAAGUCUUUUCCCAACUGGUAUGCUGGGUUCAGGGGAUAUAUGUAUGCUUGCUUUCUUAUUUCAACUGUUCAUUUUGAAGCAGUGAAUAAAUAUCUGAUCAUUGACUGUGUCUAGCUUUAAGAUUGCGUAGUAUUAAGGUCAUAAUAAAUUGGGAUUCACCUCACUGAAUGUAGCUGUCUUGUGCAAGCUGGUAGCAGGCUUAAUGAAGAGACAUAAACAUCUCCAAAGGAUGAGUCACUUCUUCCAGACAUAAAUACCAGGGACAAAUGAGGUAAUCUAGGAGCUAUCAAGUACAGAGAAAUCAACUUCUAGACAGCAGAAACAAGGAGAAAUGUAAAGUCUUAGAACUGUGACAGCUGGAGAAUGGCCUGAAGAACACAGGUUGUAUGUAGGGUCAGCAUUGGUUUCCCCUUGCUGAACUAGGAGAGGAAUACAGGUUUCAGGCUGUGGCUCAGAGUCCCAGGUCUGGAUCAUAAAUGACACUCUGCUGGAUACUGGAUACAAGACAAAGAGCUGGCCUCUUCCCCCAGCACAUUACAAUCAAAACAAUCCAUGUGGUCCAUUUAUUUAUAGUGAGAAAUUGUACUUUAUAGUGUUUUUACAGUAGGCAGUUAUUUAGCUCAAUCAACUACUGAAAAAGUCCCAUGUUUGGCACUGUAUAGAAUUUCUUUUUUCCCAUUAUUAUUUUCCAGCUAUGCUUUACCCAGCUGCUCAACGGUUGAAGAGGUCCUCAGCUGCCUUCCUUAAUCCAGUGCUACAAAACUCUCUGGAAGAUGUGAUUCUGCUUUAUGAGUUUCUGUUAGCUGAGCUUGACAUUGACAAAGGUCAGAGGAUCUCCAUCAAAGAUGAGGAGCUGGCUUCGCUGAGGAAGGCUGCUGAGUUUGACACCAUCUGCAAUGAGGUUAUUCCCAAGAGCAUCACAGAGAUCCGCAGGCUGAGUAGCAGGCUGUCCUCUUACCCAAGAGUCCUCAAGAAAGAAGACUUUGAAAGGACAGUGCUGACCAUGGUCUAUACAGCCUACAGGGCUGCUCAGUCCCAGGGACACCAGAAGGACACUUGGGCGGAAUCCUUUGUCAAUCUUUACAAAGCGCUGAAGCACGACUUGAUGUUUCCAUACAACAAAGAGACAUCAUAGAAGGAGACUCGAAACAGCAGCCACACAGCCACUUCUGGUUGAUAAGGGGCACACUUAGCACGUCCACCCCUUCAUUCUAUGAAAGGUUUAACAACCUGCUUCAUGAGAGAUAAUUUGUUUUCUAGCUCCCUCUUGUGGAAUUCACUUUAUAGAUACAUGUUAAAUGGGGAAAAAACUUGUCUUCAAUCUCCCCAGUUUUUGUUUGUUUGUUUGUUUGUUUUGUUGUUGUUCUUUUUUGUGUUGGCUUUGAGGCAUUUUCUGUAAAAGGAAAAAUAAGGAAGUCUGGUGUAUAUCGCAGACAGAUAUGCCCUUAUUUCAUCUGUGUGUUUCUUCUAAACAGGGUGCACAUGUGCUGGAGAAUGCUGCUUUCCUCGCCGAGGAAAUAACUUCAUAUUUCAGCUGCUCAGUAAAAGAAUACUAAAAAGAGAUGCAAAGGCCCUCUAUAAAAGGAAGAGGUUUCAUAACUGUCAGCCUCCAGAAAUUAUGGAAAAUAUAUGCAUUCCAAAUAUUCCUGUAAACAAGCACUGUCUGACUCACUUCAUUUGGCUGAGCCAGUUUUUAAUCACAAUAACAUUCGCAGAAGACAAAGGGCAUUGUGACUACCAGCAGCAAACAAUGCCUGUGAACAUAUUCCCCAGUCCCCAGAACCACCCUCCCAAGCAGUCUGCAAUAUUUUUCAUUAUUUGCACAUGACUUUGCUUCUGCUCCUUUAUUUUUGAGUUGAACAUGGAUUUAUCCUCUGUGAAGUAAAAGGCAAAACAAAAGCUCUAUUUAAUUUAAUGAUGACAGUUUAUUUUCUGAUUCUAUCACUUGAACUUAGAUCAUCUAAACCAGUGUGUCAGAAUCCCUCUGAGGCAGGGGAAGAAGGUGGAUUAAAACAUACAUGGUGCUGAA